AUGGCUCUCCGACCCCCUUCAUCCGGCAAGCACAGCUCAGCACCUCACUACCUACCGGCCACGCCGCUGCAGAACAACGACACCAGCAUCAACGUACAUAACAAGAGACUGCGUCUUGUCCAAGAGGAAAAUACCGGAUACCUCGAUAUAGGAUCGCCAGGGUCGUCAUCGGACGGUGCCUUUGCGGUGGACGCGCAGAUACAGCACAACCAGGUGCAGCAACAGUCGGAUUGGGAGCAGCUAGGGCUUCAGCUACACCUGCAACCACAAUUCCCACAGCCCGAGCAAUACGACGACAGCUUGACGGACGGGAAUAAGUUGCUGUCCUCGUUUGCCCAUGACCUUUCGCAGGGAGACGAACAGUUUGCGACCACCUUCCUCGCCUUUGACCAGCUCCAUCAGCAGCAGCCGGAACAGAUGCCGACAAGUCCAACAUUGCAACACGACUUCAGCUCGGCUGUCUUUUACAAUCCUCUUGGCACUCAUCCCGACAUUCCAUCGCCUCGUGUACUACUCCAGGAGCCCGUCUACACUGAAAAGCCCCGUCCACGGCCCGCCAUGACAAGCACGACCGCCGUGGCUGCCGCCGCCCUCUCCAAGUCAUCCUCGGAAGCCACGUCGGCGUACGUCUCGGCCAUUGCCUCGGCCACCUCGGCAUCGGCCGCCCAAGCGCUGCGGCAGCGGCCGCCGUCCCUCGGCAUGCUGCGAAUCGGCGGGUACACGCUCAGCGAGGCGGGCAUCCAGCUGCCGGACGACCUGUGCCCCGAGGAGGUGACGCGGCGGUUGUGCCUUUUGGCCGAGGAGCUGCACUACGAGUCGACGCACCCGCCGGUGCUGCCGCCGUCGCAGGUAGCAGAUCUGCCGGAGAAGCCGCCGCCGCCAGUGCUGCCCCGCGUGCAACCCGGCAUGACGCAGGCGCAGCGCGACGCCAUCGCCCAAGAGGUCCUCCGGGUGUCGGUCGCGCAGCGCAAGGCGGACCAGGAGCGCAACAACCUUGCCGCGAAGAAGUCGCGCCUGCUGCGCCUCGAGUGCCUCGACAACACGCGGCUCCAGCUCAACGCCAAGUCGGCCGAGUGCGCCUGGCUGCGGCUGCAGAUGGUGGCGCUGUCGGGGAAGCCGCUCGCGCGCCGGCCGAGCGAGGCAUGGGGCGGUUCCGACUUUGUCUACCAGCCGCGCGAGGAGGACGACGUCGAGGGCGUCGUGCCGACACGCGUCAAGGUGGCCAUCACGGAAGAGGUCCGCGCGCGCGUCGAGGCGCACAGGGAGGCGGUUGACGAGGAGCACAAGCGAAAGACAAACGCCAGCCGCACCCAGCGCCGCUCCGAGGCUCAGGCCAAGGCUCAGGCCGACAUGGACGCCAACCCCGAGGAUGGGUGUCGGAGACGAGCGUCCAAUUGCAGCAGAAUGUGA